AUGGAAACCAGCAUGUUCACAAGGGGUAUUCGCUUUGCAGCAGUAAGCAAUUUGGGGGCCGAACGACCCAAACGCAUCUUGCAUGCGGAUGGUUCUAAAAUACCUGGAGUACUUAGAAGCAGGAUCAUCUCAACUGACACCAAAGGAAUGGUACUUUUAAUCAAGCUACCAAGCGUGUUUGAAGAGGAACUGCCGAGCCUGGAUGCAAGAAAUGUAAUGUUGCGUCCAAGAUUUUAUGGACGCAAGCCGCCGCUUUCUUCUCAGAGAAGUAAGUACAGGCAGGGGUUUGGGAAGAUGAUAGCUCUUGACUGGGUGGACAAACUUCAACAAACAAAAAGUCUGGCCUGA